AUGAAUUCAUUGCCUAUUUCUAUAUUAUCGUUAUUGAUUGUUGGAGUUUCGUGAGUUAGAAAAUAGGUUCAUGGAAUCUCAGUUUUUCAAUGAUUUUCAAUUGUUAUCAUAUUCAGAACUCUUCCUGCAACCGAUCCACUUUUAGCCGCAAUGGGAUUGGGACAAUUAGGUGGAAUGAAUGGAAUUGGAAAUGGUAUGUAUCCAGGAAUGAAUACUGGAAUGAUGGGUGGAAUGUAUGGAGGAAUUCCUCCGCCAAUGCCACCACCAGGAAUGUGUAAGUUUUUGUUGAGGGGGAAAAGUUCUAGAAGCUAGAAGAUAGAAUUUAAUUCUGGUUCCAUCCAUUAUUGAAUUCACGAAAUCGCUGUUCUAAAAUAGUUUUCACGUUUAUUUUUCUAAUCAAAAAUUACAGUACCCCAUUAGAUUUGUGACCCCUUCCCCCUCAUAAAACCAAAUAAAAAAUUAUCAUAUUGAUUUUACAAUUAUCAUCAUGUGAAAAAACAAUUUUAGCUCCAUAUGGAAUGGGACUUGGAGGAUACGGUAUGAAUGGAAUGAGCGGAAUGAAUGGGAUGUAUCCAGGAAUGGGAAUGGGUAUGGGUAUGUCACCAUAUGGAAUGGGAUCAUCGAUGAGUUUCCCAUUUAUGGGCAAAAAAUAA